UGAUUUAGGGUCCUGACUUAAGCUGCCCAAAACACUUUAUCCAUACUUUUUCGUUUUUUUCUUUUUCUAUUUGGUUAGAUUAUUCUGUAUCAUAUGGACACGUAUAAUUCCCGUCCAUAUCAUAGCACGAUAAGAAGUCCCCUGUCAUUCAAUAUGUUAUCAUUCUACAUAGUCAUUUCCACAAACACCAAGCGAUCAAUCAUACCAACAAGGCAACCACUUUAAGCUUGCCAGUUCCAUCCCCGAAAUUCAAUAUGGAACAUCAAGUCUCACAUCGCCCUCCUCCUCGCGUUCUUGUUUUUCCACUCCCUGCACAAGGCCCUGUCAACUCCAUGCUCAAGCUAGCAGAGCUUCUUGCCCUCGAAGGCCUUUAUGUCACUUUCCUCAACACCCACUUCACCCACAAUCGUCUUCUCCUUCACACCGACAUGCAAGCUCGUUUCGAAACCUACCCCGGCUUCCUAUUCAAGACCAUCUCCGAUGGCCUUCCAGACGAUCACCCCCGCUCGGGUGACACAAUAAUGGAGGUUAUUCACUCAAUCAAUAGCGAAAGCAAGUCAAUUUUCAAACAGUUGCUGCUAUCAAAUGAAUUGGGUACUUCAGAAGGUAACCCUUUAGUGAGUUGCAUAAUUGUGGAUGGAAUUUUUGGUGGUUUUACCACUGAUAUUGCCAAUGAGCUUCACAUUCCAAUUAUCCAUUUUCGUACAUUCGGAGCUUGCUGCAUCUGGGUUAAUAUGAACAUUCCUAAUGUCAUUGAAGCCGGAGAGCUUCCUGUUAGAGGAGAAGAAGACAUGGAUAGACUAAUAAAGAAUGUGCCAGCCAUGGAAAGCUUUCUACGGUUCCGAGACCUUCCAAGUUUCUGCCGAGCUAGUGACCUAACAGAUCCAAAUCUCCAAGUUUUUGUGCAACAGACACUCCAUAGCCCAAGAGCCCAAGCAAUCAUCCUCAACACGUUUGAAGAUCUAGAAGGACCAAUACUCUCACGCAUACGAACUCUAUGUCCCAAUAUUUACUCCAUUGGACCUCUCCACAUGCAGCUUAAACGAAGACUCGCCAGCAAGGAAUCCUCAUUUCAAUCUUUCAAUAGUCUCUUUGAAGUAGACAGAAGCUGCAUGACAUGGCUUGAUGCUCAGCCUCCAAAGACUGUAAUCUACAUCAGUUUUGGUAGCAUUACUGUCAUGAAAAUAAAUCAGCUUAUUGAGUUUUGGUAUGGUUUGGUGAAUAGCAACAUAAGGUUCUUGUGGGUUGCUCGCCUGGACUUGGUUGCCGGAGAUGGCAACCAUGCUCAAAUCCCACCCGAACUCUUGGAAAAGACAAAGGAUAGAGGGUUCAUAGUAGGUUGGGCACCCCAAGAAGAGGUCCUUGCCCACCCAGCUGUAGGUGGGUUUUUGACACACAGUGGAUGGAAUUCAAUUUUAGAGAGUAUAGUUGCUGCGGUGCCUAUGAUAUGCUGGCCUUACUUUGCUGAUCAGCAGGUGAAUAGUAGAUUCGUGAGUGAGGUAUGGAAGCUUGGGAUGGACAUGAAAGAUGUAUGUGAUAGAAAAAUUAUAGAGAAAAUGUUGAAUGAUCUGAUGGUGGAAAGAAACGAGGAGUUUUCAAAAGCUGCAAACAAGAUGGGUCGAUUGGCAAGACAAAGUGUGCAUAAAGGUGGAUCAUCCUACCAUAAUUUGGACCGCUUGAUUGAGGAUAUAAGAUUGACAAGCAGUGGAAGAUUCGGUAGACAAGUUGAUAUUCAGAUAAAUAAAUAAUGAUCAACUUGUUUGGCCAUUUUCCGAGCAUAUACCCUUUUUAUUGCUAUCGCACUUAAUAUUAAUUUUACAGAUACUGUGGUGUUGAUUA